GGAGCAGGAGGACAGCAGGAAUGGAGCCUCUGUGUGUGUGUGAGUGUGUGUGAGAUGGGCCGGACCGUCGCCACGUUCGUCGCGGACACCGGCCGAGGAUGCUCGAGCUGCGCCGAUCGGAUUCCUGCUGAAUUUCCCUUUUUCGGCUGAAAAUCUCACCUCGUGAGGCGCCCGGCGUCAUCGCGACAGAGACGCGCUCGGAGUCGGACACCCGGGCGAGGCGAGGGGGGGGACGAGGAGGAGGACGCGCCGCCGCCGGCCGCUGCACGUUGCACACAGCUCGCCAUUGUUCCCGCGGAGAGCGCGAGCCAGCGACCCGGAGAGAUCCGGGGCUCUGCGUGUGUGCGUGCGCGCGCGCGCGCGGGCGGGCUUGUGUGUUUAGCGCAUCUUCGACGUUUUCCCGGCCAGAGAUACUGAGAGAUGUGGCUCCACGCGAUAUGCGCGCUUUGCGGCAUCCAGAGCACGCUCUCCUUCCUGGUUGCCCUGCGAGAUGACGCUAGCAUCGCCGUGUCCCUGGAGGCCUCGGAUGUGAGGGGAAGCGGGGUGGCGUACGCGGCCAAGGUAGCCGGCGAGCCCAGGACCCGCUUCCUGCAGUUUGAGAACUUCAGCGCCGCGCUGCCCCCAGCCCUGGUGUUCGACGCCUCCUACCACGGCCUGUGCUACGCGGUCACCCUCAUGGUCGAUGACGGGACAGAGUGGUCGAAGGCGGCGGCGCCCGUCCGCAUCCUCACGGAGCCUCUUCCAGUCGACAGUGUGCUCAUCCACGACUACAAGGCCUCCCCAGAGACGGGUGUCGUCUUUGAGAUGAAGUACGCGGAAAAUAACGUGUUCACCAGGGUGAACAUCAGCUACGUGGAGGGGAAGGAGCUGCGGACUAUGCUCUACAAAGAUUUCUCCAAGGGGAAAACGGUGUUCAAGCACUGGCUUCCGGGCGUCUGCUACAGCAACGUCACGUUCCAGCUGUUGUCGGAAGCCUCGUUCAACGGGAGCACCCUUGCCCGCCGCAGCGGGAUCACCCACGAGCCGGCGCAACACAGGACAGUUCCAAACCCUCCCCUCAACGUCUCCGUUAAGGUGGUUCAGCUCAGCAGCGGGGCUCUGUCAGAGGGGAAGAUCGGUAGGCCUCCCUCCCGGAGAGUGCGCGACGUCCCCCUUAUGGAGGAGCAGGAAGAGGCGGAGGCUCACGAGGAGGAAGUAGAGCCUGUGGAGGAGCAGACUGAGGCUCAGGAGGAGGAGGAGGAGGAGCCCAAGAGCGAGGCGGACCCCGUCCGACCUGUGAAUUCCUCUAUGGAACGCUCCUUCGCCAAUGACACCGAAGAUGAGAAUGCGCCCGACCCUUACUGGGAGGUGGCCACGUCGAGCCCCGCCCCAGGCGCCCAGGAGGAGUUUGUAAAUGCCGUGGUGCCGGACGAGUCCAACGAGUCGGGCUCGGCCGCGGAACCGUCCUCGUUUCCCUCGUCGCUACCCACGGAGAGACCCCCCGUCCUGCUGGAGCUGCGAUGGCUGCCGCCGCGGGCCCCCUCCGCCUUCGAUGGCUUCAACGUGUAUGUGUACCACGAUGAAAACUGCACGGAGACGGCCACCGUGGAUGACAACACCCAUGAGUUCUUCCUGAAGCUCAGGGAGCCCGGAACCUACCGGGUGCUGGUGCGCACCCUGAGCACGUCCGGCCGCUGCGAGCCCCGGGAGAGCGCCAGGGACACCGGUGUCACCUUCUACCUCAGUCCCGGCGGCGAGUGGUUCGAGCAGCCUGCGGAACGGCCCCAGGCGGUCAGCGUCACGCUCCUGGGGCCGAGCACGGCAGCUGUAUCCUGGGCCCCCGGCGCAGAGGGCCGCAAUGGCAGCCUGGUGUCCGUGCUGUCGCUGACGUGCCUCAAACCGAGCCUCGGCCAGAGGACGGAGAGCACCUACUGCGGCGAGGAAAACUCCACCAGCGAUAUUAUCACCAAUCUGACUCCAGGGGCGCAGUACAGGGUAGUGGUUUACCACACCAACGGACCGCUGGUGAGCCCGCCAUCGGACCCCGUCAUCAUCGCAAUAGAGCCGACGGGGGUCCGGGACCUGGCCGUGCACCCCCUGAGCCCGUCGGCGGUGAUCCUCACCUGGCAGCGCCCCUACCGCGUGGCCUUCCGCAAGUACAUCCUCGAGACGUUCUUCUUCAGCCCCGUCACACAGACCUCCAAGUGGAGCACCUACUACGAGGUUGCCGCCACCGCCUCGGUCACGGCUUCCGUGAGGGUGACCGACCUGCUCCCGGCCUGGCACUACAAGUUCCGCGUUACCAUGGUGACGUGGGGGGAGCCGGCGCUGCGUUGCUGCGACAGCUCCACCGUGAGCUUCAUCACAGCUCCCGAGGCGCCCCACAUCUCAUCGGUGGACUUCUCGAACGGCAUUCUGUAUGUGCGCUGGACCUACGGGGACAUCUUCACCGACCUGUCGCACUCCCGCAUGCUGCACUGGCAGGUGGUUGCUGAGGGCAAGAAGAGCGUGAAGAGGCGCAUUUCUGUCGAUGUAACUCGCACGGUCAUGAAGGCGGCUCUGGCCCUCCCCCCCGGAGACAUCUACAACCUGACGGUGACCGCGUGCACGGAACGCAGCCGGAACACGUCCACCCCCCACAUCGUCAAACUGGAACCGGCGUCGCCCAGGUCUCUUUACGCCGUCAACAGCACGCACACGUCCGUGAGCCUUGUGUGGGUGGAGGAGGGAGUGGUGGACUUCUACCAGGUCCUCUGCAAGCCGCUCAGUCUGAAUAAGGAGCUCAAGGGAAGGGAACCCCAGAUCGUCCACGGUCACAUGGCCACCAUCUCCGGUCUGCGGCCAGCCACGGCCUACAACUGCAGCGUGACCAGCUAUAGCUACAGCACCCCCAGCGAGCCCACCUAUGUGGGCGUCUCCACCCCAGCAAGGGAGAUGAACCCCAGUGUGGCGGCGAUCUCGGCCCUGGCAGUCCUCAGCGUCCUCCUCGUCAGCCUGAUCGCCCUCAUCCUCCUGGUCCUCCGCAAGAAACACCUGCAGAUGACAAGGGAGUGCAGCGCUGGAACCUUUGUCAAUUUUGCCUCGUUCGAGAGGGACGGGAAGCUGCCGUACAACUGGCGAAGGAGUCUCUUUGCCUUCCUAACCCUCCUGCCAUCCUGCCUGUGGACUGACUAUCUUUUGGCUUUUUAUAUUAAUCCUUGGGGAAAGACUGCUUUAAAGAAAAGGAAGCUAACAAGCCCUGUCCAGCUUGAUGAUUUUGAUGCCUACGUCAAAGACAUGAGCAAAGACUCUGCCUACAAGUUUUCUCUCCAGUUUGAGGAGCUGAAGAGUGUGGGUCUGGAUCUGUCCCACGAUGCCGCAGACCUCCCGGUUAAUCGACCUAAGAAUCGCUACACCAACAUCCUACCUUAUGACUUUAGCCGCGUGAAGCUCGUGUCCAUGCACAACGACGAGGGCUCGGACUACAUCAACGCCAAUUACAUUCCGGGCUACAAGUCGCCUCGUGAGUACAUCGCCACCCAGGGGCCCCUCCCCGAGACCCGCAAUGACUUCUGGACGAUGGUGCUGCAGCAGAAGUCCCGUAUCAUCGUCAUGCUCACGCAGUGCAGCGAGCGCCGGAGGGUGAAGUGUGACCACUACUGGCCCUUCACGGAGGAACCGGUAGCCUACGGGGAGGUCACCGUGGAGAUGCUGUCCGAGAAGGAGGGUCCCGAGUGGACAGUGAGGAACUUCCGCUUGGGAUACGCGGAUGAGACUCAGGACGUGCUGCACUUCAACUACACGUCGUGGCCUGACCACGGCGUCCCUACGGUGAAUGCCAUCGAGAGCAUCUUGCAGUUCGUCUACAUCAUCCGGCAGCAGGCGGGGAAGAGCCGAGGUCCCGUCGUCGUGCACUGCAGUGCCGGAGUGGGCCGGACGGGGACCUUCAUCGCUCUGGACCGGCUGAUGCAGCACAUCCGGGAGCACGAUUUCAUCGACGUGCUGGGCCUGGUGGCCGAGAUGCGCUCUCACAGGCUGUGCAUGGUGCAGACGGAGGAGCAGUAUGUGUUUAUCCACCAGUGUGUCCAGCUCAUGUGCCGGAAGAAGAGGCAGCAGACAGUCUCCAGUGACGUCAUCUACGAGAACGUCACCAAGUCCUAACCAUGGAUGCAGUGUCACAGCGCUCCAUGCACCCUUUCCUGCAUCAGGCUUUCCUUCAUCUUUCAUAACAUAGAAGAACAACACAAGAACAGGAAAAAUUAAACAAAAAUAAAUACAUUAAAAAAUCAUAAUAAAUGAAUAAAUUUUAAAAAAAAAAGUUUGAUUUCUCAGAGGCAGGAAAAAGAACCUGUCCGAGAGCCUUUGAACGCCCACUUCCCAUCGGCGUGGAUCACGCGACCACUCAAACGUAGCAGGAAGAUGCACAUUUCUGAAGCCGGCGCCCCCUAGAGGACACUGAGGGGAGCCGCAAGCUGCAGGUGGAGGUGCCACGCUACCGGUGGAAUGUUGAACCGAUGGAUUUCUUAGCCGUGUCAUUUUAAUAUCAGUGGUUUAUGUUCAUAUCAGGCCUAGUGGAAACCUAGAUCACACUUAACUUCAUCAUGUUUCACAGUGUUUCCAUGUUGCUGCAUUGCUGUUGUGACAUUCGUACCUUAAUCGCGGGACAGUCUAGGUAGCAGUGCAUGUGGUGAGCUGAUCUUAUUCACGCGUUGUCAUCUGUUUGGACAGUUAGCCUUGGUCUCCACACCUUUUAAAAGCUCUCAUUUCAGCGCCCUGGCGAUGAGAGAGGCCAUCUUUAACGCUAGUGUCCCACGGCCUCAGACAUAUCAGACCAAAAUGUUCUCAUCUGCAAAUAGCUGAAAGGAUGACUUCUACAAACAGGUGACAUCAAUGUUACAUUGGUGUCAGAAGUGGGAUGGGGGAAAGCCAUAAGGCAAUGGAUCCGUGAGCUCGUGGCUUCCACCACGUAUUGCCAAGUUGGUGGGAUCACGGCUACAGCACUGAACUUCUGUCAAAGACUCUUGCAGAAGCACCUCUGAUGGACAGAGCUGAAAUGGAUUGGAAUAUCAUGUUAACUACAGUAAAUUGGAAACUGCCCUUCAGCCACUCAGCUCUUGCUCAUACCGAUGGUGGGUAAUCUUGCUGCACUAAAUACCUGUGUGUUACUUUAUUAUUUGUAUUUUUUAUGUGUAUGUGCUUCUUGAGAUUUAUGUACCUUUUGCCUAAACUUGAAACUACUGUACGAUGGUACCGAAAAUGAUGGCUUGAAAUGUUUUUAGGUUUACCAGGGUACGCUUACUGUGUGGUUUUAAAUCUUACAGUACGGUCAUGUGGAUAUUGUAAAAAUGGACAUGAAGGAAUGUGGAAAGUUCCCCACGUGUUCAAGGCCCUGUUGCUGAAUUCUGGUUUCACCAGGUCCAGAGGACAGGAACCUCAGAAUAAACCCAGUAUGAUUUAGUUUGCUGCGAGUUUCACGUCAGGGCUUAUUAACUCCCAUUGCCAUGUGUUAUUGGUGUCUUUUGUGUUUACAGUGUCUCACCUGGAGUUCAUCCUACUUUAUUACAAGUACAGCGGGUGUUUUAGAGCUGGACUUUGAACCCAAGGCUGAGGUCUCAUGCCUCCGUACUCCACUCUUACAGGACGUUAAGGUACAUAAUGAAGUGUGAAUAAGCUGUAAGUCGACAUUCCGCUGAGAUUCUUCAGCUGUGUCAAACAGCGGUCAUUAGCACAGUGUAACUACAGCUCACUGACAACCUGUGUAAAUGUGAAAAAAGUGCUGUUCUUCUCCGCGAUGUGGCUGUAGGGCUUCCGAAUUGGUCUGUGGGGGGGAGCAGCGCCGGUCUUUUGCGUGGGAUGAUACGGCCUCCCGUGGUGCGCCCCCCCCCCAUCCACUCCGCGUCCCGUCCAGAACCGCGUGUGUCAUCGGUGCCAUUCUCGUGCAUUUUGUCACUUACUAGAAGGACAGCCGCUGCACUGCUCCAG